AUGCACGCCAACUGGAUUACUUGGGCAGCUAGUACGGUGGUCUACGAUGCAGGGGACACCAUAAGCUUUGUGUUUGCUUUAUCCUCUUUGCUCCCUUCUAUUAUUGUCAUAUUCAUUGCGGGGCUCGCAAGUUCCUCGACUUCUCAUCAAAGAGAUGCCGCGCUGCUGCUACUCGUUGGGUUGUGCCAGAACACGGCACUGAACACUUUCCUGAAGGCUUUCAUUAAGGGCCCGCGGCCGAUAAGUAGCAUGUACAUAAUGGUACCAAUGAGCUCGUCGAGUAAUUAUGGCAUGCCGAGCAAUCACUCACAGUUUAUGUUUUUCUUCAUUACAUGGCUGUUGCGCAAAGCGAGCGCGAACCAUAUACCCGUUUCAUGGGGCAUGUGGCUAUUCUUCCUAGUAUCAGCUACAGUUGUUGCAUGUGGCCGUGUGUACAACUCUUAUCAUUCCACUGAUCAGGUGAUUGUAGGAGCUGCUGUUGGCGUGAUAAAUGCAUACGCUUCCACCACGCCUACACUGGAAAGAGUGUUGCGCUGGCUGAUGUUUAGAUUGUCACCUGUGAGGAACUUCUUCACAUCGUGGGUGACGUAUGUCCGAUUAUGA